AAAAAAAUGAAAAAAAAAAGAUAAAAAGAUGAAAAAGAAAUAGAAUUAUCAAAUUGGGAUGGAAAGCGUAAGAAAAAAGAAUUUCUUAAUUGUAGGUUAUGAAAAGAAUUUCCCUCUCAACUAUGAAAAGGAAAAAAGAAGAUGUUGUUAGGGUCUUGGUUCCCGCCAAAAAAACCCGGUGAAAAUAAAAGAAAAAGGAGAAAUGGGGACUCUUUUAACUUUAACCCUAACCAUCAUCAAUUCUUGAUUAUUAAAGCUAUCUAAAGUUGCAACUGUUCUGUAAAUUGCUAAUUCACUAAGAACGAGCAACCGUUGCAAGCCCUUAAAUUUAUCAUUAGCAAGGAAUUCUCAGUAUGAGCAGCAUCCAAGCAUGAAAGAUAAGUUGGUCUUAUUUACUUGAUGACAAGUUCAACAUGAAAGAUAACUAUGCACUUUAUUAAACUGUUCCCUUUCCUGCAUUUCUCCUUGCACACGUAGUGCAGAAUGGUGUAUAGCUUUGUAGAAGAGAUGCUUUAUGGGCCUGAAGGAAGUUUGACUAUGUUGAAUGGAAGUUUGAACUAUCAGUUCAAUCAUGUGCCUUCUCUUUUCUAUACCUGUUCAGUGAAACUCUGCAAAAUUAUGAUGCAUAACUUAAAGACUUCUCCACAUGGGCAUAUUUCUGGGACUCCAAGAAUUCCUUUGCCGAAAGAACCUUGUGAAGGAGAUGAAAUGGACAUUAAGUUUCAAAUCCACAGUUUGGAAACAGAGGCAUACUAUUCUGUUUUAAGGGCUUUCAUCGCUCAAUCUGAUCUUCUGUCCUGGGGUAAAGAGGGGCUUAUUACUGAGCUGCGGAAGGAACUCAAUGUCACAGAUAUCGAACACAGUCAGUUGCUUGCGAAAAUCAAUUCAGAUGAGUCAACAAAAAGGAUAAGGGAAUUGCGAAAUGGUGCACAUGAAUCUAUGUCAAUUAAAAUGAACGCUCCUGAUCUUGUUAAUAAUUCAGUGGACGAUGCUCUCCCAACAAAGAGGAGGCCUUCUCGUCCUCCUCUUUUAAAACCUCAGAAAUAUGUUCCUUAUGAUCAACCUUAUUCAGCAACUAUACCAUCUUUGCCACAAACACACUUCAGGGACAAUCGACAACAUGGUGAAACAACAGCAUUCUCCCCUACAGUGUCUUUGAAGAUAGUUAAUCAUAAUUUCCAAGGACCUCUGAGUAAUAAAGAUGGAGGACCGUCGCAGUCUCAUAUGAAAAAUAGUUUCCAAACAUCGGAUGUUGGUAAAUCCAAGAAGUCCUCUGAAUUCAUUAAGAUUCGUGCAACAGAUAUGGUUAUUCAGGAGGUCAAAAGGAUGACUUAUGGUAGAAAUAACCCUGACCCUGCUCAAGUUGAGAAGGCAAAGUUAAUUUUGAGAGAGCAUGAAAGAGAUAUCCUCGGGGCACUUGAUAAACUCGCGGAUUUGCCAGAUCAGGAUGAUUCUCCCAAUCUGGUAUCCUACGCUGACAAGGAGCUUCACAGAAACAGACGCAGAAUGUUGGCAAGCAGUGAGUACCAUGGACAAGUGGUGGAAGCUGGUGAGGAGACUCCUUGGACUGGGGCUGGUUUUAUAACCAUUUUUGAAGCCAUGUAGAUAUUGAGUAUUGACUCUACCAAAAUUGGAAACAUAUAGGCACAGAAAUGGUAGAUAUUGCUCUUUUUGUUGUAGACCGCCUUGUUCCCCCAUUAUAUAAUGCUUUGUUAAUAUUCUAGCUGCUCUUUUGGGGGCCUUGACUGAAAUGUUAAUUAAUCAAUUUAACGCUUGAGGACU